AUGAUUGCGCCAAGUUUAAGCAAUAGCUAAUUAUCAGUUGUUAGUCUUGAUGCCAGCAGCACCCAUAAUUCAUAAGUACCUUCAAUCCUCACUCUAUGUGAUAUCUACCUUCAAAUCAAUGAAUUCGCAGAAAAUAGCCUUAGUGCUUCUGCUUAAAAAUCUCCAUUUUGUGUUUGUGGUGAAUACUAACCUACAAUACUUUCACUUUUAUCGUUAUUAUGUAGAUCACUCAACUUGCUUGCAUCAGCUAGCAAGUUUAAAUCAGAUUGGUGGUAUAUAAUCACAGAGUAGGGGAAUAAGGCUACAAAGGGAAAAGACUAUUUUACUUAUAUUUGA